AACUCCCCAUCUUUCCACCAUUCGCAGGAACUAAUUUUUUUCCGUCGUUUCACGUGCGCUUUCGCCGUUACGCACGUUCUUCCGCUGGUCGCUCCUCCCGAGUGACUUUCCUUCUGCUCCUCGGAGUCUUUCCGCGUCUGCUGCGCCAAAAGCGGGCAUGAAGGGGAAGAAGCGGGGUCGCGUGGUGCAGCAGCAGCAGCAGCGUCUGCAGCUAAAAUCUAAGGGCAUGAAGGUCUCCGCAAAGCACGGCGGCGGAGGCGGCGCCGCGCACGCGACGACGCUAGAGCAGGAGAUGGACGACGAGUUUCUUCUCGAGCAAGCCGCCAAGCGGCGGCGCGCGCCGAAGCAGCGGCGGCGGCAGGGGGAGGCGGAGGGGGAAGAGGAUGGCGUGAUCGGCGCGGGGAUGAGCGCGCGGAUCCUCAAGGAGGCGCGCAAGCAGCAGCAGGAGGUCGCGCGCGAGAUGGAGAAGGAGCGCGGCCUUGACGGGGCGCGCGAGGCGUUCGAUCUCGCGGCGGCUGUGGCGGCGCGAGAGCGCGAGCAGGAGGAGAGGGAGGAGGAGGCGGGGGAAGAGGGGAAGGAGCGGGGGGAGCGGGAUCCAGAAGCGGCGGCAGCGGCGGCGGCGGACGUGGAGAGGAUUCUAAGCGCCGCGAGACGAGGGCGGGAGGGUGCGGAGGAGGGGGAGGAACGGGAAGAGGGAGAAGAGGAGGAGGAGGAGGAUGAGGAUGGGGAGUAUGGGGCGUUUUCGGAAACCGCAAGCAUGUAUAACGAUGCCGUGGCGGACGAGGUGACGGAGGAGGACGAGCGGGCGAUCGCAGUCUUCCUCGCGGGAGGGGGGGCAGCCCCGCGUCAGCGCACGCUGGCUGACGUCAUCAUGGCGAGGAUCCAGGAGGCGACUGCUGGCAGCGGGUCAGCGGGAGCUGCUGCUGAGGGCGGUGGGGGUGUGAGGGGGGGAGAAGAGGAGGAGAGGCGGAUACCGGGAGUGGAUGACAAAGUGAUGGAGGUGUACAGAGGCGUGGGGAAGCUGCUCAGCCGGUUCCGAUCUGGGAAGGUGCCCAAGGCAUUCAAGAUCGUGCCAGCGUUAAGCAACUGGGAGGACGUGCUCUUCCUCACAGACCCGGACAACUGGACGCCUGCUGCCGUCUUUGCUGCGACUCGCCUGUUUGCGUCGAAUCUCAACGCUCGCGCUGCGCAGCGGUUUUACCGCCUGGUGCUGCUGCCGAGAGUGCGCCGGGACAUUAGGGUUAAUAAGAAGCUGCACUUUGCACUGUACCAAUCCCUUAAGAAGGCGGUUUACAAGCCUGCUGCGUUUUAUAAGGGGGUGCUGCUGCCACUGUGCCAGUCCCAGACUUGCACGCUCCGUGAAGCUGUGAUUAUAGGGAGUGUGAUUCAGAAGGUCUCGAUUCCCGUGCUACACUCCAGUGUAGCUCUGAUGAAGAUUGCGGAGAUGCAGUAUGCUGGCACCAACAGUUAUUUCAUGAAGCUUCUGCUGGACAAGAAGUACGCCCUGCCAUACCGGGUCAUUGAUGCGGUGGUUGGGCAUUUCCUGCGCUUUCGCUCUGAGACUCGUGAGCUACCAGUUAUCUGGCACCAGUGCUUGCUCUCCCUCGUCCAAAGGUACAAAAAUGAGUUGACACAGCAGCAAAAGGCGGAUAUCAAGUUUCUUAUUACCAGCCGUCAACACCAUCACUUGAUGUCACCAGAGAUUCUCCGAGAGCUCCAAAGUUCUACCAGGUCGCGAGGCCAACCUGAUGCUGGGAUGUUCCCGUUUACGUCAGAUGCCGCCAUGAAACCUUUGGUGGUCACAAAGCCCUUGGAAGAUGACUACCGCAAUCUCCCGGAGGUCUGCAUUGGGAUGGAUGAAGACUAGAACUUGUAUUCAUUUAUGUUGGAAAUAUCUCAAGGACUUAAGCGUUUCUGAAGUGUAACACUGUACUCGAGGAAGAUUACAGGGGAGCACGCGAGUCAACGGAGGUUACACGAGGGGGCGGACAAAGAAUGCGAAAGGACUCGAAAGGUCGCAACUGGAGGUUGCGACUGACCGUUACAAC